ACCGUUCCGGUGAAAUCGGAGCCAGUCCGCUUUGCGGUGGCGGUGCGGGGUGGAUGCGCUGUGAGAGGCGCAGCGUCUUUCUGAAACAGACACGGAAGGCUUUGUCGUGUGUAAGGGGCCAGGAUCAGAAUCGACGCAAUGUCCUGGCCAGUGUGUCUGUUUCUUUACGAUCUGUUUCAAUGCAGUUUGCUGCUAGGAGGCUGGGAAACUUGAUGUAACCCAGACAGUUGGGUUGCCUAAUAUCUCUGAUGAAGCGUUUGGAAGGUGUGGGGCACUCUGCUAUCCGAGACUGUAUUCUGAGCUGAAACUUCCUAGCUGUUGUGAAAGCUGCAGUCCCUCCUGGCAGAGCAGCGGUCGCGGAUUUCCCACCCCCGGGAAAGCGUGGUGAAAGAACCAGUUUGAAAGAUGGAGCAAGCAGAAGCUUGGACAUUAACAAGUGUAAGAACAAGGGGGUCUAGAGCCCGUGUAGGCUAUAGGAGACAGGCCAGAACUGUGGCACAGAUACACAAUGUCUUCUGGAAACGUCCAGGAAUCCCAGACAUUAAUUAAACCGGCAUUCAGUGAAAAAGAAGCCACUGAAUUAGUUGAAAGGGUGUUUGGAUUAAAAGUAUCUGCGAUCAGAUCACUCCCCAGCUAUGAUGAUCAGAAUUUUCACGUUCACAUUUCAAGAAGUGAGGGAACAGCAGACAGUGCUGACGAGUAUGUUCUCAAAAUCACCAACUGUGAAGAUAGCCAGAAUCCUGAACUCAUUGAAGUGCAGACCCAGAUCAUGAUGUUUUUGAAUAUUGAAGGGUUUCCUUCAGCUACGCCCCAUCUUACUAAAGAUGGUAACAUAAUGUCUCUAGAAUCAUUAGGUACUGGCUCUAUGACAAAAAAGUACAUGGUGAGACUGCUGACCUACCUCCCAGGCAUGACCAUGGCAACAAUCUCUACAAAUCCUCACAUUUUAUAUGAGAUUGGGAAACUAGCUGCCAGACUGGAUAAAACUCUCACAGAGAAAUUCCAUCAUCCAUCAAUAAAAAGUCUGCAUCGAGGGAAGUUCAUUUGGAACUUGGCAAAUGUUCCUCUUCUAGAACAGUAUAUUCAUGCCCUGGGCCAGAACAGUUAUCGUGAAGUUGUGGAACAAGUUAUUCAGCAGUUCAAAGAUAAAAUAGUACCCAAGCUAAGCAAUUUUCGAGCCUGUAUCAAUCAUGGGGACCUCAAUGACCACAAUAUCUUAUUAGAUUCCAACACUGCGUCACCAGAGAAUCCACAGUAUAGAGUGUCCGGUAUUUUGGACUUUAGUGACAUGAGCUAUGGUUAUUAUGUAUUUGAAUUAGCAAUAACUAUCAUGUACAUGAUGAUUGAGAGCAAGGAUCCUCUCAGUGUGGGAGGGCAUGUUCUUGCAGGGUUUGAAAGCAUUGUACCAUUGACAACAGAGGAGAGAGACGCCCUGUUUCUCUUGGUAAUUGCCCGUGUACAGUUUAAAAAAUUGGGCUCAACAUUGUUACCUAGCAGCUCUGUGUUCUUGGGGAACCAGGGCGCAGUACCCAGCCUGUCUGACUCAUGGAAGACCUUCUCCCUUUUCCCCUGCUUCCCCCACCUCUGCUUGAACCAAAAUCGAUCAGAAGAAAGACUUACAAAAAGCAAUGAAAAGGUAGUGGGAGACACACCUAAACCCCUGGGAUAAGGGUGACAGGAUUAAGGAAAUUCCCCUAGCCUCAUUUGCAUCGAAAAUGGGACAAGGAGACAUCUCUAUUAGCAUACAGAAUGGAGAACAGAGAUUCCAAGGCAAGAACCGCACAGAACUCUGGGCCCAGAAAAGCAGGGAAGCACUGCAUGACGGGGGAUCUCUGCUCCAGAUGUUAAUGAACCCACGCCUGUACACAUCUAGCUCAGUAGUUAUCAGACCAAUUCUAGUAAUAAAUCCGUUAUUGGUAGUGAAGCUCCCUAAUUGCAUUGUGAACUCCCUCCCAGGAACAUUCCCAUAGCCAGAAAUGAUCAGCUCCCAUUGUCUAGCCUGAACAAAACAACUUUGGUAUACUCCCUUGAGCCAUCAGUUUACACAUAAACAAAUCUAGUGUUCUCCCUUGAACCAUUGCUGUUUCUCUACAAAACCCCCUACCCAUGCUCAAGUAAGUGUUCUGAUACCUGGAUCCAAAAUCUGCAUCGGUUCCAUUGGGACUUCAUCUUCUCCUGACUGAUCGUGCUGGGGGCUCUGCCUGUCUCCAGCACUCCAGACCCUCAACUACCACCAGCAUCUGGGACCCCUGAUUGAUUCAAGCUUCACAGAGUGGUGAGAAUCCAUCUCUCUCCCUCUCUCUCUUGGUUUAGCCUUCUGACCCUGAUUUGUGCAAUUAGUUAUAAUUUUCUAAACCUGACUUUUAUAAUCAAAUUUAAGUUAGAUUUAAUAUUAUAACUGCUUUGUUUGUGUGGCUCCCCUAUGUGGGUGUUUUUUGGUUUCCUCAUUCACUCUGCAGCAACGCUCCUCGUACCUAAGGCCUUGGCAACACUUGCGAGUUACAGCGCUGUAAAGGCUCCCCCAGCGCUGUAACUCACU